AUGACAGAACAGUGUGGGAACCAGCAGACGUCGCAGGAGGAUGCCAGGAAAUGUAGCAGAGGAGCUGCAAAGCAUGAAGAAAGGGAUUCUCAUUCAGAUACAGAGGCUGUGGCAGAGGAGCAGCAAAGAUUUAGCAGGAUGUGCAGUGAACCACUGCAGGCUGCUGAUCAGGAGCAACAGGAGCUAACAGGGAGGAGAAAGCCAGUGUUAGUCAGGUCAAAGACCUUCGACCAUUCUCUCCUGACUCAGGUUCAGACAGACCCAGACUCCAAGAUCGAGAGGAAGAAGUCUCACUACAGCCAGCUUUCGAAGACCAACUGCCAGUACCAUAAAAUAUUUAAGGAGAUCAGCAAAGAAGAACAGCUCAGACAGAGUUACACCUGUGCUCUUCAGAAAGACAUCCUCUACCAAGGACGCAUGUUUGUCUCCGACCACUGGAUCUGCUUCCACUCCAAGGUGUUUGGAAAAGAUACCAAGAUCGCCAUCCCAGUGGUGUCCAUCAAAAACAUCAAGAAGACCAAAACUGCCAUCCUGUUGCCAAACGCUCUGGUGAUCGCCACCACAAAUGACAGGUACGUGUUUGUGUCCUUCCUGUCCAGAGACAACACCUACAAGUUUUUGAUGUCGAUCUGUCCUCAUCUGGAGGGGAAGAGUCCAUGCAGCAGCCCCAUUCCCUCCUCAGCUGAAAACAGCUUUAGAAGUCGGAGGUCACCGCUAUCGCCUCGCUUUCCUCUGAGUGAAUUCAGCGACCUGGAUGGAGCGAUGAGACAAAGGAGGCAGGAGAUGGAGGAGAGCAGCAGCUCUGACUCUCAGGUUCCAGACUAUGAGAAGAUAGAAGAGUUCGCCGUUCCUCCAUUCCUGGAUAUGCUGAAGCGCACAGACAGUGCAUCAUCUCCAGACCACCAGCACAAAGUGAAGAACCCACAUCUGAACCAGCAGGGUCCAGACAACAAGCAGCACUCCAAGCACCACCGAGGCUCGGAUGUGGUGAUUGACAGCAGGUGUCUGAAGCCAGUUUCUCUCAACACUCUGCUGAUAGUCUACAUGUUCCUAGUGUGCACCCUGGUCUUGUCUUCGUGUUACCUGGCGUUUAAGAUCAUCUCACUGGAGCAGAGACUGACAACGCUCGGCGCUGUGGCCGAGUUCACACACCCGGAAAACAAUUUUCUGAGUGGGUCCGCUGAUGUAGGCACAAAUCUUUUAUCUGAACUGCUAACCAUCAACCUGAUGAAGCUGGAGAAGGUGCAGAAGAACCUGCAAAGACUGCUGGAGGAAGCUGCCUGAAAGUACAGGAAACCAGUAUAAGCACAGUGAAAGUCAUGUAUAUUAUUUUUGUAA